AUGACGAUCGACAUCGACAGAUCUUUGCGAGACGAUGCACAGGAGACAAAGGUGCUCGGACAGCUCCUCUUCACUUUCUCGGAUGACGAGCUGGACCACGAUCCGAAACAGUAUCUCGAGCUUCAGACGCCCCAUCGCGAGCGACCCAAGAAGCACGUCUGGAAGCAGCUUUCGUCGUUACGGCCAGAACUAGAAGCGCUAUCCACAUGCUCAAGCUCAGAACAGCUGCUACAUGUCAGAUCCAGUCUGGCACAACGUGGUUUCGCCGCGUUGCCUCACCAUAGUCGAGUCCUCGCCGAACAAGGUAUCGACACGCAGCCCUCCUAUACUGCCUUCAUCGAGGAGAAUCUGGCCCUGAUCCGAGACAUCACCGGCGCUGACCACGUGAUCCUCUGGAACACUGCCAAGCGCGAUUCUACCGUCUCUGUAUCUGCCAGCUUGUCUGAUGAUCACCAACGACAACGUCAACCACAAGGCAUCGAGUCCAGAUUCGACAAGCCUCUUGAGCCACCCGCGCUUUUCGCUCACAUUGACCAGGAUCCCACGUACGGCACCAAGGUAUGCUCCAUGGCUAUCGCCGGAACACCAUCGCUCCUCGAACAAUCAACAUGUCUGGAUCCAUUCGAGGCUAUGGACAAAGACCUUGCGAAAAAUUACUCAAGAACCAUGAUCAUCAAUCUAUGGAGGCCCGUGGGUGGAACCGUUUAUCAAAAGCCGCUGGCAGUGGCGGACUACAGGUCGCUCGACAAAGCAUCGCUCUCAAGGCACGCCAAUCCGUUCGGAUGCGGCUACGAUAUUCACGCACACCCCGACCAAACGUGGCAUUUCAUCCCACAUCAGACCAACGACGAGGUUCUUGUUUUCAAAUGCUACGAUUCGCUCUCACUGCAACAGCAACAGCUGCAAGGUCCUCGAAGCGGUGCAGAGGCCCUCUAUGGAGCGCACUGUGCAGUCUCGAAUCUCAAAGGCGACUAUCCGACACCCCCACUGGACGCCCCACCACGCAAAAGCGUCGAGUUUCGCUUUGUGGCGGUUUGGCGUUGA